GACGAGGGGGCAGAAAGAGAUUGACUCAUACAUGAAAUAAAAACAGAAGGAGACACAAGUGCAUUUUUGCAAUAUACGAUUGUUCAUCAUGGAUUACACAGUGCCAAAUGAAAACUAUACAACAACCAUAUCUCCCUCCACAUACUUCUUGCAAUACAAUACUUCAUUGAACUCAAGGAAUUUGACCACUCUGGCUGAGAUUAUAGAUGAUUGUAACAAAAAUAGACCAAUCAUUGUGCGUGCAUAUAUUCAGAUACUUAUCCUUGUACUUGGCCUUCCUUCAAAUGCAGUCCUCCUCUGGCUGCUAGUAAAGAACAGAAAGACUAUGUCACCCUCCGAGGUUUUAGGUCUCAACUUUGCCCUACUAGGUGUGCUUUUCUGCCUUGCUCUUCCAGUGGAUAUCCGUAUAACAAUUGCUCAGGACCGCUCAGGACUACCACUGCGCAUUUCACAAGUCUUUUCCACCAUCUGUUACUUCGGCAGCCCACUUUUGCUGACCUGUAUGUGCUUGGAGCGCUACAUUGCUGUGGCAUACCCUGUGCUUUAUAUGAGUGCUGCAUGCUCUGCUGUCAUCUGGUUUCUCACCUGCAUCAUGGCAGCAUUCAUGUUUCUCUACACUAUCGCUGGCAUGGCUUUGAUUUUAUCCAUCAUUUUGAAUGUGCUGUUUUUAGUCAUGGUGGCCUGCCUGGUAGGCAUUGUAUGUGUGUUGUGUAAAAAGGGCCCAGGUGAAGGGGACCAAAAUAAUUCAGCUAUAAAGAAGCAAGCUCUAAAGAAUGUUGUAGCAAUAUUUGGGCCCUCAGCUCUAACCUAUUUUCCAAUGCUGGGUCUGGCCCCUUUUCUGCUGAUAAUCCAAAUCCUUGUACUAAAAGACACAAAUAGGGAUCUCUGUCAGUUUCUGAUGAUGUUCGCUGUUCUCCCCUAUUUUGGAGUUUGCUUGGGGCCCAUGUUCUACAUGGCCCGGAUGAAGCGAAUGCUCUGUGGCAGGAGUAAUGAAUCAGGAGACACAAGAGAGACCACUACAGUCCAGAGAAAGUAAGAUUCAAUUUAGUCAAGUACGAUUUUAUAAUUUAUAUGAAUAUUUUUGUUCAUAACUUGGUGCGUUUUCUUCCUCUUGUUUUUUGUUUUUCCAAAAAGGUUAAAUAUAAGAUACAAACAUGCAAACCUAUGAAAUUAUUUACUUACAAACCUAUUAACCUAUUAGCAUAUACAAUAUAGGGCAAAAUGUGGCCACCUGACCAUCACAUCCUAUUCUAAAACCAUGUGUGUUAAUAUGGAUAUAAUUAAAUCAACAAAUUGUCUUGUUUCUGCAAGUAUUUAGGCAAAGAAAAACAUCAC